GAGUGAGUGAGUGAAUGUGUGUGUGCGUGAGGGAGACAGACACACAGAGGGAGAUUAACAGUGAGCGCGCAGCUCGCUCCCGGCCCCGUGUCGUCCAUCCAUCCCCGGGGAGAGUGAACAUGACGGCCCGGUCUGUGCGAUCCAUCUCCGGAGCUCUGAAACUCGUCUUCAGCAGCCGGUUAACCAGGGUUUAUGGUGCAGCUGCAUGUCAUCAGAGACACAAGUCCACUUACACUCCUCCACCAGCACAGUAUGGAGGCAGACACACUGUGACUCUGAUUCCUGGAGAUGGAAUCGGACCAGAGCUGGCUCACCACGUGUGUGAACUAUUCCGGUUCUGCUGUGUGCCAGUGGACUUUGAGGUUGUCAAUGUGGACUCAUCUAUGGCGUCAGAAGAUGACAUCAAUAACGCCAUCAUGGCUAUCAGGCGCAAUGGAGUUGCACUCAAAGGUAACAUUGAGACGAACCACAACCUGCCACCAUCAUACAAGUCCAGAAACAACCUGCUCCGCACUACUCUGGAUCUCUAUGCCAACGUGAUGCACUGCCAGUCUCUACCAGGAGUGAGGACACGCCACAGAAACGUUGACAUCAUGAUCAUCAGGGAGAACACAGAGGGAGAGUACAGCAGCCUGGAGCACGAGAAUGUACCGGGCGUUGUUGAAUGUCUGAAGAUCAUCACCAAGACCAAAUCUUUACGCAUCGCUGACUACGCAUUCAGGACUGCUCGGGCCAAAGGACGCAGACGAGUCACUGCCGUACACAAAGCUAACAUCAUGAAGUUGGCGGACGGCCUCUUCCUGGAGUGCUGUAAGGAGGUUGCCAGCGGUUACCCUGAAAUCACCUUCGACAGCAUGAUUGUGGACAACACCACCAUGCAGUUGGUUUCCAGGCCCCAGCAGUUCGAUGUGAUGGUCAUGCCCAACCUGUAUGGCAACGUCGUGAGCAAUGUGUGUGCCGGGCUGGUUGGGGGACCGGGACUGGUGCCGGGAGCCAACUACGGAGAGGACUACGCCGUGUUUGAGACGGGCACCAGGAACACAGGGAAGAGCAUUGCUAACCGCAACACAGCAAACCCCACAGCCAUGCUGCUGGCCUCUUGCCUGCUGCUGGAUCACCUGAAGCUCCACGCCUACGCCGGCAUGAUCCGCAGAGCCAUACUCUCCACCGUAACUGAGACUCGGCUGCACACUGCUGACCUGGGAGGCCAAGGCUCCACCUCUGAAGUGGUGCAGUCCAUCAUGAAGGCUGUGCAGAGCACCGGGCCACGGACACUGAGCAUCUAGAACAAACACACAUCGGUGCAGCAGUGAUGUGUACGUUAGUGUGCCUCUCUCCAGUAGGUCUUCUAUGCAAUUUCAUAAUAAUAGUUGUUUAAUAGUCAUACUUAAAUGAAACUGUACACACAGUCUAUGCAGCUGUUUUUAUCUUAAGAGUUUCCUCACCUCCUGAUAGUUUUUUUAAAGUUGUCUGAGCGUUUACAUCUGAACAAUUCCUGAACUGACUAUCGUACUGUUUACUGUGUGAAAUAUUACAACACAAUACUACCUAACAUAACACCCAAUCUAUUCCAUGUUUGUUAGUUUUGUUAAUUUAUUUAUUAUUAAGUGAAACCAGUUAUUCUGUGUGCGUUUAACUUAUUUUAAACUAAACACAGCUGUUGUUUGUUAAGUGUAACACAGCUGUCUUAUUACUGAAUGUAUCAGACACUAAUAAAGCUAAUAAAGCUCAUGUGUCUGUAGUUCAUUGUUUUGUUUCCAAAAUUAUAAUGUGCUGAAACCCACAUGUAUUCACGCACGCAGCACUGGCUUGUCCAGACCACAGGGAGGCCACAUUGUCUUGUGUAAUCAGUUCAUUCAGUUUGUUGUGACUGAGCAAAAUUGUACUAGUUGUGUUUUAAUUAGUAGCAGUAAUAAUAAUAACUUUACUUGUAAUAUUUUUAACCUUUCAUGCAAAGGUGGAGCCUAAAGUGUUUCAGGGUUAAAAAUGAUAUUCAAAACUGAAAAUAAAUAAUAACAACAAGCAAAAUGUUGAUAACAAUACCAUAGAACUAUCCGUGGAAUGUAAGUACAUAAACUUCAGGAUUGUAUUUCAGUACAGUUUUGACGCACUUGUACUUUGCUUGAGUAAUUAUGAGUAAUAAUUUUUAAUUAUCAUUCAUAUUUUAAAAUGAAAUCAAUAUCAAUCAAUCAAUAUGUUAA